AUGCCAGAGAUUCGUCGUGGCAGCUCCGUCCACGCGAGCUCGACCCCGACGUCUCCCGUCGAUGCCCCGUCCUCCCACCUACCGCCAGUUCCGACGCCGCCCUCACACCCCAUCGCCCAGUCCCAGAGCAACGACGAGACGACGACAAAAACGCACGACGCUGCUGCCACCGAUCUGCGCGCCACCUCCUCCAUAGACCGCACCAGCGACAGACCUCCGCGCCGUUCCAUCACCCUCUCCGCCGUCAAGAAGCCGUUGCGCCACUCCACCGACGUCCACCGCGCCGCCGCCGCCUCCUCCUCCCUCCUCGCCGGGCAGGUCGCCAAGACACGGUCCCCUCCCGCCGCCGACGCGCAGCCUCCCCGACGUAGCCUCUCCUACGCGCAGCGCGAGUCCGCCGCCGCCUACUACGACUCGCGGGCCGCCACGCGGGCCGAGUGGCGGCGGCGCGGCAAGACGCUCGAGGAGUACUACGACGACAACCCGGGCCUGCUGCCGCAGCUGCCCUUCACGUGGCACCACGGCUGGCGCCGCUGGCGCCUCUUCAUCUUCGCCUUCCUCGUCUUCGUCGACGCCUGCGCCAUCCCCAUCGCCCUCUACUACGGCAUGUGGUACGCCGGCAACGUCGAGGGCUACAUCAUCUUCGCCGUCGUCACCACCAUCUGGGGGGGGCCGACCUACCUCGAGUUCGCCGUCCGCACCCUCCGCCUCAUCAAGCGCGAGCGCUUCUACCGCCCGCUCGGCACCGACAGCCGCUGGUGCUUCGACCUCGUCACCUACGCCUCCGUCGUCACGAUCACCGCCGUCACCGCGCUCUUCGUUGUCGGCAGCGUGCCUCACAUCGUGUGGCUCCGCGUUCUGUGCAUGCCCGCCCCGGCGAUUCUGUACUGUAUCGGUGGCGUCAUGAUAUUGAUUUUGCUCUACCACCAGAUGGGAUGGAAGGCCCCGUUCCGGCUCAGUUCUACCCCUAAGGGCGGCAAGGUGCUACCGCCCGCGUAUUAUUUCAUCGAAGACGUGGUCGCCGUCAAUGCCGGCGGCGGCCGCCCCUUUCGUGAGGCCCUCGCCGCUCGAUACAAGGCCAGCCCCCGUUUCCGUCGUAUGCUGUACAUACAGUCCAUAUUCUGGAGCAUCCCUGCCAUCAUCCUCGCCAUUCCCCUGACCGUCAUUGCCGUCAUCCACUCCGUUCCCGCCACGGUGGCCUACGGCAUCUGCUGGGCCGUCCCCUUCAUCUGGAUGGUCAUCUGGGGCGUCAUAUCCGUCUUCUGGUGCAAGGCCGACAUGGUCCGCGAGCGUCUCGAGUGGCAAGCCGGCAAGGUCGAGGGGACUACCACUCCAAUGCCGCACAUUUCGCCUUCCUCGACACCACCACCGAGCAAACCACUGCAAAGUGAUACCGCGACAAAUGGCACAGAGGAGGCAUGA